UGGCGCUUUACUUGAAGCUGCUCCACUGGUUCACACUUUACUCUCAGCACAAUAUAGAUAAGAUAAGGCCUCUCCGUCGUCCCUCCUUCUCUUUGACCGCCGUGCUCCGCCGUCAAUUCCGUCGUCGCUGUUACAAAAACAAAGCUUCGUGCACGCAAAAAUUCGUUAUUCUCUAUGGUAUAUCUACAAACGCCAUACUCCACCGUCCGUUCCUCGCCAUGCCCUCUCUUUUCCCAUCCCAUGCGCCGCCAGUGUUUGCACUUCCGGCGUCGCCGAAAUAACUACUCCGUCUACUCCUCCCCUGGUGACAAUGUCAAGCUCGUGAUAAACAAUCUAAACCGACCCGAACAAACUCCUAGAACGCUUUUCCCCGGUGGAUAUAAGCGGCCGGAAAUCAAAGUGCCCAGCCUAGUGCUAAAGCUGAGCUGCGAAGACGUGUUGGAAGAUGAAACCGUUAUUAAUGAGAUAGACCGGGCGGUUUCGGGUCGGGUUGACAUUGUGGUGCUCAGUGGCGGUGGAGCAAGCGGCGGGAAGUUGUACGAGGCUGCGUGUUUGUUGAAAUCUGUAAUUAAAGGCAGGGCUUACUUGUUGAUCGAUGGACGUGUCGAUAUUGCCGCCGCGAUUAGUGCCAGUGGAGUUCUGCUCUCUGAUCAAGAUCUUCCUGCUAUCGUGGCCAGAAACACAAUGAUGGAUUCAAAAUCUGAGGAGUUAGUAGUUCUUCCUUUGGUAGCAAGAAUUGUACAAACACCUACUGCUGCAGUGGAUGCUUCUAAUUCUGAAGGAGCUGAUUUCCUUAUAUAUGACGUUGGUGGCAAUAGCCAACAUGAGGAGCUGGUGAGCUCAGUAUUUGAGCAUGUGAAAAUUCCUGUUUUUGUCAUGGUUGGUUCACUUGGGGAUCGCAAGUUGUUCAGUGAAGCAUUAAAUUUACUUGAAUCAGGGGUUAGUGGAGUAGUUAUUUCGAUGGAAGAUUUGAAGUCUGUGAGUGAUGAUGAUUUUGGCAAACUGUUUUACAGUGCAUAUGCAUUGAAGAACAAAACAGAGGAAAAAGUUCAAAGUAACAGUCAGCUUAAUGUUUUGGACUUGGGGAAUGGCUUUCCUGGUAGGAAAGCGAUGGCUGGCUUUACCAGUUUACAUGAUAGGGAACAGCAGUUGCUAGAAAAAGAAAAACUGGUUUUGCGCGAGGCCAUUCAUGUUAUUGAAAAAGCAGCUCCAAUGAUGGAGGAGGUCUCACUUCUCAGUGAUGCUGUUUCUCAACUUGAUGAACCAUUUUUACUGGUUAUAGUGGGAGAAUUCAAUUCUGGAAAAUCUACUUUCAUCAAUGCUCUUCUCGGGAAAAAGUACUUGAAAGAUGGCGUUGUUCCUACAACAAAUGAGAUCACCUUUUUGCGCUAUGCUGAGUCGGAUGUCGAUGAGUCACAGCGUUGUGAAAAGCAUCCAGAUGGUCAGUAUGUUUGCUACUUGCCGGCUUCAGUUCUUAACGAUAUGAUUAUUGUUGAUACUCCAGGGACCAAUGUGAUUCUUCAAAGGCAACAAAAGCUGACGGAGGAAUUUGUGCCUCGUGCUGAUCUGCUUCUGUUUGUCAUGUCUGCUGAUCGACCAUUAACUGAAAGUGAGGUUAAUUUUCUGCGUUACACUCAGCAGUGGAGUAAAAAGGUCGUGUUUGUGCUGAAUAAGUCUGACAUAUACCAGAAUAAGGGCGAGUUGGAGGAGGCCAUUGGAUUUAUCAAAGAAAAUACACAGAAAUUGCUGAACACAGAUUGUGUAACACUAUAUCCAGUUUCUGCACGACUUGCUCUUGAAGCGAAGCUUUCUACUUUUGAUGAUGCUCACAGUCAAAGCAAUCGAAGUUCAAAUGAUAAUUUUCAUUGGAAAACCAAAGGCUUCUAUGAACUUGAGAAGUACUUGUAUGGCUUCUUGGAUGCAUCAACAAGUACUGGAAUCGAGAGGAUGAAGCUGAAGCUUGGAACUCCAAUUGCCAUUGCAGAACAACUAGUUUCAGCUUGUCAAGGACUUGUGAGACAAGAAUGCCAGCAAGCCAAACAGGACCUGCUCUUUGUUGAGGAUCUUGUCAAUAGUGUAAAAGAAUGCACAAAGAAGCUGGAAAUUGAUAGCAUUUUGUGGAAGAGACAAGUUCUAUCUAUGAUAAACUCUACUCAAGCACGUGUCGUCCGGCUUGUAGAAUCAACACUACAAUUGUCAAAUGUUGAUCUUGUCACUUCAUAUGUAUUCAGAGGAGAGAAAUCUACUCAAAUGCCAGCCACCACUAGUGUCCAAAAUGACAUACUCGGUCCUGCGGUUCUUGAAGGACAAAACCUUAUCGGUGAGUACACUAAGUGGUUACAAUCAAAGAGGGACCAGGAAGGACAAUUUUAUAAGCAGUCUUUUGAGAAAAAAUGGACUUCAUUUGUUAAUCCGUCUGACCAGGUUGAGCUCGACGCAAUAGGCGUGUUGGAGAGAAAAUCUGAAGUUAGCAGAAGAGUGAUAGAGNAAAAAAAAAAAAGUACUCAAAACAAAUGUAUGAGGAGCUCAUUCCCUUUUCAGUUCUUGGGUACUUUUGGUGGUCUUGGAGCAGCUGGUUUAUCAGCAUCACUUCUAACAUCUGUUCUUCCAACCACAUUAGAGGAUCUCCUUGCUCUUGGCCUUUGUUCCGCUGGCGGUUUAUUAGCAGUCUCCAACUUCUCAUCCCGGAGGCAGCAGGUGGUAGAUAAAGUAAAGAGGACUGCUGAUGGACUUGCACGUGAACUUGAAGAUGCUAUGCAGAAGGAUCUCUUGGAGACAACAAGGACUGUGGAGGACUUUGUAAAGGUCAUUGGCAAGCCAUAUCAAGAUAGAGCGCAACAUAGACUGGAUAAAGUUUUGGCGACUGCAGAAGAAUUGACAAAGAUUGAGAAGAAACUGAAAGCAUUGCGAAUUGAUAUCCAAAAUCUCCAUGUCUCAUAACAGGCGAGAGUACUCUUUCCUUUUCUUUUUUGGAGCUCAUAAUUCUUCCACAUAGGCUGUUGUAAUAUCUAUAUAUAGCGUUCACUAUUGCAUGCCAAGAUUGUAAUUAAAGCACAAUUACCAUUUCCCAAAAAAUUAGUUAUGUAUAAGCGAUUUUAUUCAACUGAAGCAAUAAUCUGUAAUUGAAUAGAAUUUCAUGAUAAGCAGUUGAUAUCUGAAGAAUAUUAGGGACCUGUUGGUUUAACAUGUCAUCAGGACCAGUUUGUAUAACCUGAUGACAUGUUUUUUUUUCCAUUUCAAAAAACAUGUCAUCAGGAAAAAAAUCAUCUUUGAUUAGGAUUAACUUCAGAACUCUGA